AUGGUCUUCCGAGGGAUCCAGCUGCUGCGUAUAUCGUCCGCCUACGAGGUCCUGCUGCCCAAGUUUUCGGUGCCUGUGGUCGCCAGGAGUCGGUCGCUCGCCCAUGUUGCUUGUCUUGUUACUCUUAUUUAUAAAAAUGAAAGAUUUGGGGGCUGCAAGAAGCUGAGUUAUGGAUACAUAUUUACAAAUACGAGGCUGAAUCGGUCGCACGACCCGCGUUGUAAUCAGCCCUCGACGCCGCAGCCGCACCUACCACGUGCGGGCGGAGGAAUUGGGUCACAAGCCAGGGCCCGGCCCCUGGCAACUCGCUCGUGCGACGAACCCCAUGCAACGGUGACGCUCGAACGUCAGCUGCCUUUGGCUCCAGGGCUAACAACGCUGGGAACUGAAACUUCUAUCGAACCUACUGCGCAAAUGUAUGGAUUUGAAAAACUAUACCUUUUGGAGUCGUCCCGACUAGCGUGGACGAUAUCAAAGUUACUUCAUUACAAAUAUACCCUUUAUCAAAAAGGCGCUCUUAUCACAUUAAUAUGUACAAGAGUGUACACAGCAAGCAAGGGUUCAGAAGCAAAGGUAGGCCGAAGUCCCUUGGCCAAGGCACCUGUGACUUCCGCUCGGCUGGGCGAGCUGUCGCGGGCGCAUGCUCAGGCGCCGGCACGGGCGGCGGGGGCGAUCGAAGCCCGGGGCGCACGUGUCGCCCGCGAGAGGGGGUCGUCGGCCGGCCAAGUGGGCACGCACCGCACACUCAGCGCUACAUAUGUGUACUUUCUAAAUGUGCACCGUAAUGCUCUGGGAAUGCAGGAAGACAUAAUUUUUCCGCCUGCUGAAGACUUUGAAACUUCCGAAGUGCCGGAAGUAUUUUCAAUUUUAACUGAACUUCAGGCGAGGCAUGUCAAGGAUGCGGUCAAGAAAAUUCUGCAGCGCCGCCACGGUGAAUGUGGCAGCUGCCGCUCCUUGUCACACGAAUUACGGUCGUCGUGUUUCUCUUGUGCACCGAAGGCGCGAGAUUAUGCAUGCGGCGGACGCCCGUCGCGACUGAUGGAUAAUUUCCAUUCUCCAUUUCGCUCCUCCUCCUCCUCGCCAACCGACUUGGCGACUCGAGAGUAUGAUGGGGGUCAUGGCGGGGUCCCUGUGGAACGCCAGGCCCCCGGCGGCGUCUGCGACUGUGGUGGUGAUGAUGAUGGUGAAAAAACUGCUACGAUGAAGACGACGUUGACUUUGGCGUUGAAGAUGACGUCCAGGGAGAGGCGAUGGAGGCACGUCUUCGGCGACGACGGUGGGGAGUGGGUGGGUGUACGGGUGGGCGACAGCGGCGGUGGUCACGGCGGCAGAGGCGGCGACCGUGCCUCCUCGGAGACAGCCCGCCGGACCACUUCAAUUUGGCCCCCUUCAGCGCUGGCUCCGGAACUCGGAUUUUCUCACGCGGCCGCCGCGAGCAGCACCGGCGCCCAGGGACAGCGUGUGCGUGUGGGUGCGUGCGCGUGUGUGUGCGUGCGCGUGCGUCUUCUUAUUCCUUCGCGCCUUAUUUAUGGUGGUCUUCCGUGA